GUGACGUCACGCCGCGCUCCCAUCCCCACGCUCCCCGGCCUCGGCUGCUCCCCGGCCCCCCGCUCCCUGUGUGCGGCCGCCCAGGAUGAAGAGCGAGAUCACGGCAGCCGCGGGCUUCCUGGCCCGCUUACUGAGAGUCACCGGCCUGAUCCCCGAACAGCAGCUGCAGCACUUCAGCCAAGUCCUGGAGAGAUCGCUGGCAGAACAUUACCGGCAUCACUGGUUCCCACACAUGCCUUGCCGAGGCUCAGGCUACCGAUGCCUCCGGAUCAACCACAAGAUGGACCCUCUGAUUGGGAGAGUGGCCAACCUAAUCGGGCUGGGCAGCCAGCAGCUCUUCCAACUUCUACCAAGCGAGUUGACACUGUGGGUCGACCCAUUUGAGGUCUCUUACCGAAUCGGGGAAGAUGGGUCUAUCUGCGUGCUGUACGAGAAUGGAGCUGCCCAAGGCCUCUCCCCUCUGGACAGUUUGAUUAGCUGCAAGGACGAGUUUCGGAUUGGCAGAGCGAGCCCCUCCGAGAGCUACGUAAUGACUGUUUCCAGUUAGUUCUUUUACACACACACAGCUAUUGUACAGUGUGCAGCCCCUUCCAUAAUGUAGUGAAAUGUUGAUCUUUAGUUACCGUUCAGUAGUGCGACUGCCAAAACCUUUGUUUGAUGUGGCCGGAGGCUAUAUGCAAAACUGUUUUUGCGGCACAUUAAAUUCCUGGAUUGUAUAUUGUAAAAACAUGUACAGUCAGUGGGUAAUUGUGCUUUACAGAUUUAUAUUUUAAAAAAAGCCAUGGCUGUUUGUAAUAAACCAUCAAAAGGAAUCUG